AUGGCUGCAAUUGUUUGCCACGGUUUACCUUCAUGUCAUGAUUCUCACCUUGUUGAGUCAAGGUUUCAUAAUAUUCGUUUACCUUCCCCAAAACCACUCACCACUCAACCCAUUGAUUUACCUUUCAAGACUUGUUUUUGGGAUUUCGAAAACAACAUUAAUAAAACUAUAACUGUUGAUUCUAAUCCCAAAGAAGAUAGCUGGAGUUCCAUUCAAUCACUUUUCAAAUCCAAUGCUUCUAAAGGCCUUAAAGAAACUACCUAUGUUGAUCCCAAUGUGAAGCUUCCAUGGCAUAGACUUAGCCCUAAGAGUUUGGAGCUUUGCACUGAGAAUUUAGGGAAUGAAACAGGUGCUGAUAUCCCAGAAUUUAGCAUUGACUUGCUUUCUUCAACAAACUCAGCUUGUGGUAAUUUAGAGACAAAGGAACAAAAGAAAAAUUCUUGUCAAAAUUUGGGAGGUGAGAAAAUGAGAACAAAGAGUUUUCCACCACCGUUGAAGAGUAUGAGAGGAUCAGAAUCUAUAAGAGUGAAACCACAUAGAGAAAAUGGAAGGUUAGUGAUUGAGCUAACCAAAGUUCCAUCAACUGUUUCUUGCUUCCAAGCUGAGAGAAGUAAUGGAAGACUUCGUCUUUCUUUUUGGAAUGAUCCCGAAGAAGAUGAAAAUCAAGGGUUUGAGGACGUAGAGAAUUCACCGGUUGUUGUUGCUCUUGACGCUCCCUCGGUCUCCCCAACAAAAGAAGAGGAGAGUGUGAAGGAAGUAGUAGAAGAAGAAGGUAUUGAUAAUGAGAAGGAGAAAGAGACACCGACACGUGUUGUUGAGUGUAUAGAGAAGGAAGAAAAUGGUUGGAAAGUUGAGAGUGAAGUGAAAAUGGAGAGGUAUGAGAGGGGAAGUAGAAGAAGGAGAUGCAAAGAAGGUAAACAUGAAAACAAUGAAAGGUUGGGAAAUUGGGGUGAACCUCUUUGGCUUGCAUUGGCAACUUCUUGA